UUCUCCUUGGCUCCUCUGGUCGCCACACCUCGCCUUCGCUGGAGACCACGGCCGUGGGCAGCCCCCUGCAGCCACGCUUCACAAGGCUCAGCAAGCAAACAGGCAUCACUCCUCAGGUGUCUGUCUCUCUCUUUUGGUAGCUCCUGUCAAAACCCGCCUACCCUUCUGCUAACCCCUGGGUUUCGCGGAGGUGGGAAGUCUACCUGAGGCCGCCAUUCCCGGGACCCUGCCGCACCUGGGAGGCUGCGUGGGGCUGGGGCACCCAGAGGAGGCGGCUUCCGCCUGGAGGCAGCCAUGCGGUGUCCCUCUCGCUGAGGAGGAGGGGCCCACCCAACCAGGGCCCUCUCUGGACAGGGUGAUGACAACAUCAGAGGACCUGAGCCCAGCCCAGCCUGGCGGAACAAGUGAGCUAAGGGUGAUGUUGGACUCAGUGACACACAGUACCUUCCUGCCCAACACGUCCUUCUGCGACCCCCUGAUGUCGUGGACUGAUCUGUUCAGCAAUGAAGAGUAUUAUCCUGCCUUUGAGCAUCAGACAGCCUGCGACUCCUACUGGACGUCCGUCCACCCCGAGUACUGGACCAAGCGCCACGUCUGGGAAUGGCUCCAGUUCUGCUGUGACCAGUACAAGCUGGAUGCCAACUGCAUUUCCUUCUGCCACUUCAACAUCAGCGGCCUGCAGCUGUGCAGCAUGACUCAGGAGGAGUUCACCGAGGCGGCCGGCCUCUGUGGGGAGUACCUCUACUUCAUCCUCCAGAACAUCCGCUCGCAAGGUUACUCCUUCUUUAAUGACACAGAAGAGACCAAGGCUGCCAUCAAAGACUAUGCCGAUUCCAACUGUUUGAAAACCAGUGGCACCAAAAGUCAAGACUGUCACAGUCAUAGUCGAACGAGCCUCCAAAGUUCUCAUCUAUGGGAAUUUGUGCGAGACCUGCUUCUAUCUCCUGAAGAAAACUGUGGCAUUCUGGAAUGGGAAGAUAGGGAACAAGGUACUACUACAAAACGGGAAUUCUGGAACGAGUCGACCGGAGGCUAGUGUACAAAUUUGGCAAAAAUGCACACGGGUGGCAGGAAGACAAGCUAUGAUCUGCUCGGUUUUACGGAUCUCUGUCUUCUAAAACAAUCGGAUCACCAGAGACCAUUGCAAAGUCUUUUUGUUGUUGUCAACCUGCAAAUGUGCUGAUAAAAUUUCUCCACCUGUCAGCUUACAUCUGGAUUCAGAGUUGUUGUCACCUGCGUGGGGACAGCGGCAGCAGCUCUUAAGAAAUUCCUUUUUUUUUGCCUUACCCAAGGGGGAGGAGGGGGUGAUCUUUCGCAGUACCUUGAUGAAACAUUACUUCCCGAAUCAAGAGUUGCAGACACACAAUAGCCCAUGCUAUUGGUGCUGCUCGGAGGAAAGGAUCCAGUUCUGCCACUGGAGACUCGUCCGGUGCUCCCGUUCGAAAGGCUCAGAAGUUUUCACAUUUUUAACCGUGGCAGCUCACAAAGGAAAAGCAGUUAGUAUAGUGGGAGGGGGUGAGACGUGGGGGAGACAAACAUACUGUAGAUUUUAAGUCGUUCACGUCAAAUGCCAUAGAAAAGUUUCUUAAUUAAUAAAGGAGCUAAUCCAUCAAGCUGGGACGUGACUGGAUUUAGCAUGGGUUAAUAGUAAGUUUCUGAACCAGAGCAUCUCUCGGGCCGCUCAGCAAAACUCCCAUGGCCAUCUUUCUAGAGCAACACCCUUAAAAUUAGGCACAUUAUUUACUCCUGCUGAGUUUAUUCCCCUUCUUCCCCUCCUGGCGGGGGGCAGCCAAGUUAAUCAACAGAUACUUGUACCGAUUUCCCAAUCACCGCUGUUUCUGAUUCCAGCUGUCAGUGCCACAAAAUUGUAACUCGUCGAUUCCGUCAGUGGCCAAGGCGUUAAACCUUUAUAGACCCGGCAGUGCCCUGACCACUCUGUAAUGGCCGAUUAAAUGUAUAAGCCUCUUUUGUUUUGUCUUCCUGACAUGUACUCAAGCUCUAAAACACAUUUCCUUGACAAAAGUAGCGAGAGUGAAUUUAUACCAGUAAAUGUUCACAGGUUUGAGUCUGCACUGACAUCUUCUCAUUACUCACGGGGCGAGGGGGGAGGGUGGGGGGGAACCGUUAGUGAC